UGUUGGUUAUCAAGCUCGACCUUGCCGCGGCUUGUAGACUCGCGCAUGAGAGGCAGUAGGUAACAAGACUCCGAGCUGAGAGUAUUGAUGAUAUCGUACGGAGAUAGAUAAAGGUUUGCCAUCGACAAUUGUAUUGAUUCAGUUGUUUACUGCAUCAUGCGUGUUGAUUCUUAAACCGAACCCUCGCUCCAUUGGAGUUCCAUAAAUCGAGCGCUUACAAAUCAAUACAAUGGAGAAUAAAGCAAAGUUUUAUUUUGUCUCGGAGGCUGGUGCAGACACGAAAAGUUCUGUAGUUAAAGUUAAAAGAAUUCAGCUGCUUGCUCAAGAGGAAAGUUUUUUAUUUCCAGCAGAUAAGCAGACUAGUGCUCAUCAUAAACAGCUUUUUGAAAAUCCAAUUGUGAAAAAUGUCGUUAAAAGUUUAAAGGUUCGCAAUAAAUUUCGCAAUGUGGUGCUGACACUAUCUAAGGAACUUGAGAAUAUUUAUCGGGACACUGAAGGCAAUGUUGUGUUGCACGACGAAUAUUUGGAAGAGGUUACCGAGCAAGAGUCGAAUGUAAACAGUGAGUCAGCAGGAACAUUCAAAAGAAAAACAAGCUCUCUGAUAAAGGACAUAGUGAUUGAAAAAUUCAACGGCGAAAGCAUAAAUGCGACGGUCUGGAUUAAUUUAUUUGUGCAGGAGUGUGACAGAGUGGGGAUUGCCCAAAACAAAUACGCUGAAGUAUUAAGAUUGUUUUUAGAGAAAUCUGCACUAGAUUGGUAUAAUGUAUUUAUCAUGCAGAACUCUUUGCUAAAUUGGGAGGCAUGGAAUAACGCCUUUAUUGAUACCUUCUCUGCACAGUCUUGGACAGAUAUAACGUAUGCGUAUAACUUUAAGUUCUAUAAUGGCUCGCUAUUAGAAUAUGCGUUAAAGAAAAAAAGAUUAUUGUUAGAAGCGGAUGAUAGCUUAUCUAUAAACACACAAAUCAACAUGAUCGUUAUUAGCUUACCAAAUUUUAUCCAAAAUAAGAUAGAUAGAAAAUCUAUUAUAAAUAUAGAAAACUUAAUGGCAAAAUUAAAACAACUCGGUAAGAUUAACGAAUAAAAAAAUGAUAAUGUAAACAAGAUAAUUUUAAACGAAAAAAGACCAUGUAGCAUUUGUAAUAGGUUAGGUUUCAAAAAUAGAUUUCAUUUAGAAAGCGCAUGCCGUAAUAAAGAUAGACAAACUAAAAACUUAAAAAACGAAAACAUCAAGGUUACAAAUAAUAAUGAAAUACAAGAAGUAGUAGCAAGCCAUGAGGAGACAAAAAACGAAUAGUCCUCCCACUUAUUAAAAUUAAGAUUUUUGCAAAUGGUUGCCCAGCAAUUGGUCUUUAUGACUCCGGAUCCAAUGUCUCUCUAGUUAGUAGUACAUUUUUGAACAAUAAAAGAAAUAUCAAACAAAUAAUAGGUGGGAGAGAUACCAUUAAAGGUGUAGCUGGAACGACGAAAACGGAAGGGAUUAUAACAAUACGUAUUAAAAUUUGUAAUAUAGAAGAGGAUUUUCAGUUUUUCAUAGUUAAGGAAGGCAUUGAUUGUGAAUUUCUACUAGGAUUAGACUCAAUAAAAAAAUUCAAACUCUGCCAGGAUGAAAAUUUGACCAUAUCACAGAAACAAACAAAAAAAAAAUUUCAGAUAAGCAAAAUAACACUAAUGAAAUAAGCACUACUAAAAUGGAGAAUAUUAUAAAAAAAACGAGAUAAUCUUUGCCAAAUCAAAGUUUGAUAUAGGAUCAGUAAAGGAUUAUGAAGCCACAGUGAAACUGACAGAAAAUAGAUAUGUUUCAAAGAAACCCUAUAGAUGCUCGUUUCAAGAUAAAUUAGAAAUCGAGAAACAAGUAGAAGAUUUAUUAAAUGCAGGUCUAAUAGAGGAGUCAAGCAGUCCUUAUGCAGCUCCCGUAACCAUGGUUCUCAAGAAAGAAGAAGGAAAAAGAACACGCUUGUGUAUUGAUUUUAAAGAGCUCAACAAAAUAGUAGUGCCAGAAAGUCAGCCCUUUCCAAGAAUAGAUGAUCUUACUAUACGCGCCAGAAAUUGUAAGUUUUUCUCAAAAUUGGAUGUGAAUUCGGCGUUCUGGUCGAUUCCGGUGCGUGCAAAGGAUAGAUAUAAGUUGGCUUUCGUGACACAUCACGGACACUGGCAGUGGAGACGUUUACCCUUUGGGUUGAAAUCUGCUCCCGCUAUUUUUCAAAGAGUUUUAGCAGGUGUGAUAAGAAAAAACAAGUUAGACGUUUUCACAGUAAAUUAUAUAGACGAUAUAUUAGUGUUCUCUAAGACUUACGAAGAGCAUGUAUAUCAUGUAGAGCAAGUACUGCAAAUACUAUAUAAAUAAGGUUUUAAAUUGAAUAAAAAUAAAUGUAAGUUCGCCCAAGAAAAGAUAACAUAUUUGGGACACGAAAUUGGAAGCAAUAUGAUUAAACCAAUAAAUGAUAAUUUAGUGGCUA